GUGUGGGAUUCGGGAGGGUUCUGGAUGCCCUAGUUUUCUGGGUACCAAACGUCUGGCGGUAGGCCCAGGAUCGCAGUUGACAAGGCAGUUGACUUUGUGGUGUUACGCUUGGGGCAGGGAAGGACAUAGACACUGCGUGUUGGUUUGUCAUCAAGACCCGACAUUUAGGACGGGAGCCGCGUGCCGGUUUGCUGUCAGGACUCAGAGAGAUGGGUGAAAUAAUGUUGCCUCAACAAUAUAAAGAAGAAGGGAAUAAGCUGUUUAAGGAAGGAGACUUUGAUGGAGCUUUGGCAAGCUAUACCAAGGCCAUAGAAUUAAGUACACAUGAAGAUAAGGACCGCCCAGUUUUCCUGAAGAACAGAGCAGCUGUACAUCUGAAGAAAGAAAAUUAUGAAGCUGCUAUCAGUGACUGCACAGAAGUGCUGGAGCAGUCGCCUUACGAGCCAAAGGCGCUGUACCGGCGCUGCCAGGCGCUGGAGGCGCUCGGUCGCGUCCAGGAGGCCUACAGGGAUGCCCGCCACCUGCACAACCAGCAGCCUGACAGCAGGGAUGUGCAGCCACUACUGGCGCGCCUGCACAAGGCCGUGCAGAAACAGAUGGAGGAGAGUGCUCAAAUAACAAAUAAGGUACAGAACACAUACAAGUAUGUGUUUGAUAUUACACAGGAGAAGCAAAAGAGAGAAGAUUCUGCAAACAACAUGCUGGUCCUGGCCAAAGAAAGAUCAGGUGCGGAGGUGCUGAUGUCGGAGGAUGUCCACGUCAGAAUUAUGAACCAGCUGAAGAUCGAGACGAACGAGGAGAUCGCGGUGUCCUGCAUCCGCGUGCUGGGACAGCUGUGCGUCGACAGCGAGGCGCGGAGUAAGCGCCUGCUGCGGGAGCUGGGCGUGCCCUGGCUGGUGCAGCUGCUCAACAGCGACAGCGGCUCCCGGGUGAACGCCGCCCAGUACCUGCUUCAGAUCAUCGUCAGCACGCUGGCCGGCAUGGACGUCAAGGGCGAGAAGAAGGCCGACGCCGACAAGCUCAGGGAGAACAAGCGUGAGGUGGACUCCGUGAUGGCCGUGCUGGCGGUGACGACCAACUCGCGGGCGAUGUCGGCGCGCGGCCGGGACGCCGUGCUGGAGCUGCUGCUCAAGAACUGCCCAAUACAGGCGCUCAACUGGUCCUCGGCGCUGCUCGAAGCUGGCGGUGUGCAGCGUCUGAUGGAGGUGGCCUCCGAGAUGGAGGGGUAUCGCCACGAGAGCUCCAUGGACAUCACCGACUCCACCCGCACCACGGUGGCCGUGUGCCUCUCCAAGCUGUACGAGGACAUGUACUACGACAAAGCCAAGGAGCAGUUCGCCGAUGCCGUUGACGACUUUGUCAAGUCGAAGCUGAUCACGCCAGAGAUCGAGGGCAAGGUGCGCGUGACGGCGGCCAUCACCUGCCUCCUGCUGGGCCCGCUCGACCUCGGCAACAAGAUGCUGGCGAAGGAGGGCAUCCUCGAGAUGAUGCUGGUCAUGGCCAACACGGACGACCUUCUGCAGCAGCGCGUGGCAUGUGAGGCGCUCAUCGCGGCCGCCUCCAAGAAGGACAAGUGCAAGAGCAUCCUGACGCAGGGCGUGGACAUCCUGAAGCGGCUGUACCAGUCGAAGGACGACGGCAUCCGCGUGCGCGCGCUGGUCGGCCUCUGCAAGGUCGGCUCGCUCGGAGGUACCGACGCGCUCAUCCGGCCCUUCGCAGAUGGCAGCACCAUGAAGCUGGCCGAGGCCUGCCGCAGGUUCCUGAUCAACCCGGCCAAGGACAAGGACCUGCGCAAGUGGGCGACCGAGGGCCUGUCGUACCUGACGCUGGACGCCGAGGUGAAGGAGAAGCUGAUCGAAGACCGGGCCUCCCUGCAGGCCAUGCUCGGGCUGGCCAAGACCGGCGACCACUCGGUGGUGUACGGCGUCGUCACCACGCUGGUCAACCUCACCAACAGCUACGACUCGCAGGAGGUCAUCCCGGAGAUGAUCGAGCUGGCCAAGUUCGCUAAGCAGCACAUUCCCGAGGAGCACGAGCUCGACGACGAGGACUUCGUCACCAAGCGGCACGAGGUGCUGUGCAAGGAGGGCGUGACGUCGGCGCUGGUGGCCCUCGCCAAGACCGAGAGCCAGAACAGCCGCGAGCUCAUAGCCAGGGUGUUCAACGCGCUGUGCGGCCACCAGCAGCUGCGCGGCACUGUGGUGCAGCAGGGCGGCGCGCGCGCGCUGAUCGGCCUGGCGCUGGAGGGCACGGCCAAGGGCAAGAAGCAGGCGGCGCAGGCGCUCAGUCGGAUCGCCAUCACCAUCAACCCGGCGACGGCCUUCCCCGGACAGCGGGCGUGCGAGGUGAUCCGGCCCGUCCUGGCGCUUCUCCACCCUGAGUGCACGGCCCUGGAGAACUUCGAGGCGCUCAUGGCCCUCUGUAACCUGGCUGGCAUGAGUGAGACCGUCCGGAAGAGGAUCGUGAAAGAGAAGGGCCUACCCAACAUCGAGAGCUACAUGUACGAGGAGCACGAGAUGCUGCGCCGCGCCGCCACCCAGUGCAUCUGCAACCUGGUCAGCUGCGAGGAGUACGUCGUCAUGAUGGAGGGCGACAACGACCGGGUCAAGUUCCUGGUGCUGCUGGUGGGCGAGGAGGACGAGGACACGAGCCAGGCGGCGGCCGGCGCGCUCGCCAUCGCCACGUCACUCAGCAAGAAGGUCUGCCACAAGGUGCUGGAGGUGUCCUCCUGGCUGGAGAUGUUCCGGCUGAUGCUGGCCAACCCCCGCGAGGACGUGUGCCUGCGCGGCGCCGCCUGCACCCUGCACAUGAUGCAGGCCGACCGUGGGGUGGCCGAGCGGCUCGUGGAGACGGACAUCGUCGAGGUCCUGAUGGCGCUCUCCAAACUGCCGCCCGAGGGUGAGACGAGGAUAAAGAUCAUCAAGUACGCCGAGGAGGCGCUGCUGCAGGCGAAGGAGCACGGCCUGAUCAAGUCCAGGGACGAGGCCAACAGUGACGACGAGUGACGUCACCAGCCUUCGGUGACGUCAGCGCCGUCCGUGUCACGCUGUGCUAGUGACAUCAUCAGUCCCGUUUCCUGCGGUGGAGCGCGCCCGUCUGUCCCAGGCCCGCCAAUGCAGCGCUGUGGCGGCCGGGGACCAGGUGGGGCUGGGUCGGACUUCGCCUGUCUUCCAGACCAUCGCGCGUCGGUCCGAGACGGAGCGAUGCCCGGCCGGUGUGACGUGUUUUGUACCCUGUAGGACAUUGUGGCACGGUAAUGUGCGGCUUCUAGUCAUGGUGCGCUAGGCGCGCGUUGUUUGUGAGAUUUGUACUAAUCAUUGAAGUCAUCGGCGAUCAUGAAUAUACUAACCUAAUCCUGUCUGGUAUGGCGUUUUCAUGUUUGCUAUAAUACACCGCAUUAUUGUU